GACCGCUUCAAGGUGCUCAUCUUCCAGGAGGAAAAUGAGAUCCCUGCCAGUGUUUUUACAAAAGAGCCUGUUCCCAGCAUUACAGAAGGAACAGAGGAGCCUGUGGAUGAGAACAAAUCACUGGAAGAAACCUUGCACACAGUGGAGUUGUGUUCAGAUGAUGAAAUGUUUCACGAGGAAGAUGACGUGGAUGACAGCGCAGAGGAGAAAACAGAAGAAUCAAGAGCUGAGAAAAUUAAAAGAUCCAGCCUCAAGAAGGUAGACAGCCUCAAGAAAGCAUUUUCCCGCCAAAACAUCGAGAAGAAGAUGAACAAGAUCAGCACAAAGAUUGUCUCGCCUGAACGGAGAGAAAAGAUCAAGAAAUCGCUUACUGUCCAUCAUCAGAAAUCCUCCUCUUCAAAGAGUUCGGCUUUCAAAGUGUCUCCCCUCACGUUCAACGUGAAGAAAGCCCGCGAAGGAGAAAGCCCUGCUGAAGCUGAGGACAGACCAACAGAAACCACAAGCAACGACCAAGCUGAGAACGAGGAUGAAACGUCAUUCGCCGACAUGCACUCGGAUAUGACACCUACCACCUCGCUGACCGAGGAGGGCAAAGCCGUAGCCGAUUCUCUAGAGAAGAAAGCCAGAAUGGAAGGGAACGCCAUGAUGAACAACAACAUCGAGCUGUCCAUUGUUGAAGAUGACGAAGAGUAUGGGAUGCCUCUAGAAGUUUCUAGCCAGAAACUGUAUGAUGAAAGAAAAAACCCAGUCGGCGGAGAAACGGAACAAUCUGACGAAGAAACAACCCAAGCAGCUGUCCUGCAGAUAGACCAAACAGCGUAA